AUGGCUACAGAGUGGAAGGCGUUGCGAAAUGGUGUUGAGACGGCAGAGAAGGACUACGAAACGUUUAUUGAGGAAAAUGAAGUCAAUGAGAAGAGAAGAAUCAUGAACGAUAAAUUAGAAGACAUACAAGUAACCCUAGAGGAGUUGAUCGGACAACGAGAACGAUUAGAACGAGACCAUAUUGCGAGUACAACGCCAGUUCAAGACAAUCCUCGAAUCCGACUUCGACCUACCAGAACGACAACAAGGCAAAAAGGACGCCUUAUUACAACAAAGGGAAUCGGACGGCCAGACGGUUUCCGAUUCCUGGCCUUCACUUUUAAUUCUGUUUUGUAA